AUGCGGGAUGAAGGCCUGCAGCUCAACAUUCGGCGGAAGACCAUCGAAGAGAAGGCCUUCGGCGGACGAUCAGCAAGAAACAGGACUGCAAUGGUUCUGUCAGACGAUGUCUUCUAUGGUCGUGCCAUCAUGAAGAUCCCCCGACAGGCAGUCCUGACUUUGGAGACGGCGAGGGAAGAGAAGCUCCGGAAGGAGCUCACAAGUUUCCUUUUCGAGCAGAUGAAGCUGGAAAAGGUUUACAACAUAUCCAGCGAGGAUUACACGCACCUGCUCAGCUUAGCAUAUCCGCUCAUUGCAGAGCAGCGCAAUCUCCAGUCUGUCUUUCGAGAGUGGCUAGACGCAACACAGGACGCGCAGGUCUUUGCACUGCAGCUCACGCAUCGGCAGCAGAGGGUUCUUGUUGGCACCACCGUCGAGGAUGCCAUGGAGGAGAUGUCUUUCAGAAAGCACUUGAUCCUGGACACCGCGUCAAAUCUGACCUUCUUCAAGAAGAAGCCCGUUACCGAGACAGAAGCGGCCUGGGCGCUGGCUGUGAUCAUGCGGCAUGGCCGAAUCGUCCACCCUUACCAGGACCAGCGUGAUGUACGUAAUCCGCGCAUGUACAUCUUCCCACUGACGGAGCUGUUGGACGUCGCCAUGCAUGCCAGUGCCGGUGUGGCCAUCAGCUUUCAAGAAGAGGUUGUCAUAGAUGGAAAACGCGAGCAGGAUGUCGUCGUGCAGAUCGCGCGCAGGGACAUGCCAAAGGGCGAAGAGAUCUUUGUUUGGCCUGGCCGCCUGUCCAACAGCGAGAUGAUUGCCAGGCAUGGCUUCAGCUUUCGCGAGAACCCCAUUGGAAUUGGGCGGAAUGUAUCGCAGCCACCAAGCUGGACCGAAAACAAGAAUGCAAAGGGCAGAAAGGAAUAUGAUCUCUAUAACUGCUCCUCACUGGAAGCCUUUGAGAUGCGCUUCAGUGAGCAAGGCUACCCAAUGCGGAGCUUUGUUCGCUGCUAUCGCGUCUCUUGGUUCAUCACAAACGGCUGGUAUUCCCCCGCGCUGAAGAACCGCAUGAGAGAGCUGAACAAGUGGCCGCCACCGGACAAGUACACGAAACCUGACUGGCUGUCCUGGACCCAAGCCGAUGCUGAACUGAAUCGCGCUAUUCUGGAUUACUGUCAGUUCAUGAAGCAGCAGUUGAAGGACUCCAUGGAUGCAACGACUGCGGACGAUUUCCGGCACUCCAAAGAUCCUGUGGACCGUGUCUUGUGGCAUCUGCGAUCCGAGGAGUCCCGAACCUUUAAGCAUUGCAUAUCCGUGGCGAAGAAGAUCAAGAUGUGA